UCCCCUGUGUUGUUUUUGGUUCCGUGCGGCUGUCGAAGACAACUUACAAUUACUUAUUUAUAACUAGGAACAUUUUAUUUUGCAACCAACUGCUGACGAAAAGGAUGGAAGAAUGAUUAAGUGUCUAAUCAACAGUGUCCGCAGCUCUCGCGGCAUUUUGCUGCGGAUCCACUGCGUAGACGUCCCAAUCCAAUCGGCCAGAAAGUACUCGACGAGGUUGGCCGAGGUUGGAAAGUUGGAGAACCCAAAGGAAAAGGGCGCCUACGAGACCGGGCAGCUGUUUUUGCACAGGGUUUUUGGCUACAGGGGAGUGAUUCUGUUCCCCUGGUUGGCCAGAGUCUAUGACCGAGAUCUCAACAACAAAAAAGAAAAACCUGGAGACCCUGUGGAGAAUCUGAAUCAGCAACAGGCUUCGAGAGAAGUCAAAGGACGAACUCACACGUACUAUCAAGUUCUGAUUGACGCCCGCGACUGCCCAUACAUUAGGGCACAAACGGAAGCAGUAACGUUUUUAGGCCAUCAAGAUAGUGCACGUAGUUUGUAUGCAAUCCCUGGACUAGACUACGUUGCUCACGAAGACAUUCUUCCGUACACAGCAAGUGAAACAAGCACCCAACCUCCUUUACAGCAUGAACUCUUUGACAAGUUUCUUGCACCAGUGCCAAACAGAGAUCCUCCGUUUGGAGCUCAGCAGACUUUAAUUGCUUGGCAGCGAAAGAAUCAUCCUUGGCUGGAACUUUCAGAUGUACAUAAAGAAACAACAGAGGGUGUGAGGGUAACAGUGAUACCCUUCUAUAUGGGCUGUAGAAUUACACAAACAUCUAAUGUUUACUGGUGGCGCUAUUGCAUCAGGUUGGAGAAUCUAGGCCCUCUGCCUGUUCAGCUGCGUGAACGUCACUGGCGCAUAUUCAGUCUGUCUGGAACUUUGGAGACAGUGCGUGGUCGAGGCGUCGUAGGACAGGAGCCCCUUCUUUCGGCAGCCCUUCCAGCUUUUCAAUAUUCAAGUCAUGUUUCUCUUCAGGCACCCUCAGGACACAUGUGGGGUACUUUUAGAAUGGAAAGAAGUGAUGGAUACAUGUUCGAUUGUCGUAUUCCGCCAUUCAGCCUGGAAAGCAAACACGAGUCAGAGGCCCCAUCCAACAGUCCUCCAGCUCCAGCGACAAACCAGUGAGACUGACUGAGUUUAAAAUUAACUUGUUUCUCCUUUCUUGCUCCGAGAAAUCAAAUGUAAUAAUAAUAGAGAUAACUCUCAAAUAUAUUUGGCUUUGUCAAUAUUUUAAAUGGUAAGAUUAAACAAAAAAAGAGUAUCA